UCAAAACAAAGUUUCAAAUCGUAAACAUUUCUUUGCUAAGCUUUCUCUGCUAGACACGCCGAAAAAUAUUUGAUGUCAUCUUUCGGUUAAGGCGCAUGCAUGUAAAGUAAUAUUAGACAGUGCUGCUUCUGAAACAAACUAAUUUACGACGAUUAAUCUAACUGCAGUUUUCUGAGUUAAUAUAUCCGCUGACGUCGUCUGACUGUCAACAGGUUGUGCAGCAUUUUCACUCGUCCCAUGAAUGUAGUCAAGAUACUUAAGUUACAGUGAGCACUGUGAUGAUCUGUGAUGGCGAAUACUGAUUUUCAGCUGCAGUUUCAAGAAUUUGAAGAUGAUCAAAAUUUCAUGGAAAGUAACCAAGGUGCCACAACAGUGACCACUGAUGAUCCGCUCAAAUCUCGAAAACAACGAAGGGCUGGAACUGUCUUUGAAGAGGAAAAGAUUGAUCAUUUGGACAAUGACGACAAAACUGAGCUUCUGUCGGGUCAGAGAAAAAGUGCUUCCUUCUGGACAUUUGAGUACUAUCAAACAUUAUUCGAUGUGGACAGUGGUCAGGUAAAGGACAGAAUAGUUGGCUCAAUUCUGCCUUGGCCAGGGAAAAACUUUGUUGAGAUCUAUUUACGAAGUAACCCGGACCUGUAUGUAACCAUGGCCGCUUCAGCAAUCUACAGCUAUGCAUGGUUAGUACCAUUAGCUCUAUGGGGGUUUCUCACAUGGCGAAAUAGGAAGGUCACAAGCCUGGUGUCCUAUUCCUUCCUGCAGAUAGUCUGUGUCUAUGGUUACUCCCUCUCCAUCUACAUUCCUGCGGUGAUCCUGUGGAUAAUACCAAGUGAAAGGUUGAGGUGGUGCUCCAUUGUGGUAGCUUUGUGUCUCUCAGGAUCUGUGCUGGCAAUGACAUUCUGGCCGGCCAUCAGGGACGAUAAACCACGGAUUACCAUUGCAAUUAUGUCCACCAUUGUGAUUCUUCACAUCCUACUUGCAGUUGGUUGCAAGGCAUACUUUUUCAGUACAAAUGUGACGGAUCUAUCAGAGGAUCACAAUGAGUCACUGAGAACGACCAACACUUUAUCACCCACAAAGGCAAACUGAAAUAGAGCUGAGGGUAAAUACAGGACUUCAGUGGUGUGGCACUGACAUGGCAUAAAAAUGUUUGAAUAGCUAUGCAAGCACUUCAGCUGUCAUUUGAUUAUAGUUGCUGAAGUGAAAAUAAGACAUUGCAAUUGACAAGAUUUUUCAACAUGUUAACACUUGAGACAAGACUUCCUGUACAUAAUCUCUGCUCCUCAAGCAAUUGUUAUUCUCCUGUAAUUGCUGCUUCUCUUCUUGCCUUAUUAGAGAGAAUCAGGUAUCUUGAUAAUGGGCUCGUGGGUUGUCUGGAAUUCACUACUUAAGGUCUUUGUUUUGAAGUGUGAAGGUAAAUAUCUAAUUUUGAUGUGGGAGAGCAGGGUAACAUCUAGAUAGUCAUCUACAAGUUGCAACAUUACUGAUUUUUUUCUGAUUGGAGUUAAAGACACAUGUUACUGUAGUGUUACUAAGUAGAGGAUAUGUAUAUAGCUGUGGUUUAAAUAUUUAUGUGAUAAUUGAGUUUGAGAUGGUUUUCAAAAGGGUCAUUCUCCUGUUUCUACCACUUUGGAACGUGUACAUACACUUAAAUUGUUUUAAAACAUUAAAAACUCUACAGUGCCAUCACGAAAAACAAUGAAAAGAAAAAUAUGAGUUUAAGAAUACACACAUAAACUGAUAAUCUACUUUAGUUUCAAUGAUGCUGAAAACCAAAGCUAGAUCGCAGAAAUUGUUUAAAUAUUAAACAAUCUUGCCGUUUUCUGUGGUGGUCAUUGCUUUUUUUUUUUUUUUUAUUUACACUGAUCAGCCACAACAUUAAAACCACCUGCCUAAUAUUGUGUAGGUCCCCUUCGUGCCGCCAAAACAGCACCAACCCACAUCUCAGAAUGGCAUUCUGAGAUGUUAUUCUUCUCACUACAGUUGUACAGAGCGGUUAUUUGAGUUACCGUAGACUUUGUCAGUUCGAACCAGUCUGGCCAUUCUCUAAUGACCUCUCUCAUCAACAAGGCAUUCCCGUCCACAGAACUGCUGCUAACUGGAUGUUUUCAUGCGGAGUAAAUUCUAGAGACUGUUGUGCAUGAAAAUCCCAGGAGAUCAGCAGUUACAGAAAUACUCAAACCAGCCCAUCUGGCACCAACAAUCAUGCCACGGUCCAAAUCACUGAGAUCAAAUUUUUUCCCCAUUCUGAUGGUUGAUGUGAACAUUAACUGAAGCUCCUAACCCGUUUCUGCAUGAUUUUAUGCACUGAACUGUGGCUGAUUAGAUAAUCGCAUGGAUGAUUGUUGGUGCCAGAUGGGCUGGUUUGAGUAUUUCUGUAACUGCUGAUCUCCUGGGAUUUUCACACACAACAGGAAAUUUACUCAAAAUGGUGCCAAAAACAAAAAACAUCCAGUGAGCAGCAGUUCUGUGGAUGGAAAUGCCUUGUUAAUGAGAGAGGUCAACAGAGAAUGGCCAGACUGGUU